AAAGGUAAUUGGAAGAAUUCCCUGCCCAAUCAAGUGAAAGGAGGUGGGGUUAGAAUAAUGAACCUGAAACUCUGGCUUCAGAGCAAAAGCGUUUCAGCCUGACCCAGAUGUCCUCACGCAGAAGAAAAAAGAAACGCACCCAGCAGCAGUGCACUGGACAAAAGGAUAAACAAGAGGAUUUAUGCCACUGGUUACAGUCCAACUGACGGUUCAGUUAGUAACCAAAAUAUUUUCAGGCAUACUAUCCCUGAAGUAGGGAUGAGGGACACAUUCAAUUCAUUUCACGUUUAAAGGGGAAUCUACUGAUUCGCACUCUCGGAACAAUAUGCGAACUGCAACACAGCCUUCCUUCAGAAUUUGCAGUUCUCCAAAUUUUGCAGACAUCCAGUUCACCAGAUGUAAUCCAGAACAGCACUGGAAUUCACCCAAGUGACAGUAUGCUGGGACUGACAUUUUGUACAGUAAUUAAGUCAUAACCAAAUGUGCCUCUUUCUUGGAAAUGGCAAGAGAAGAAACGUAGAUGGAGGGGAUCAAAGCAUCAGCAGUCCAACAGAUCUUGGUUAUCCAUCAGGCUUACAGGAGGCACCCCAAAGCCAUGGUGCAGGGAGCCAGCCUCUUUGCGUGUCUCCAGCUCCCAGCCUUUUCUCAGACUCAACUAAAAAAGUGCUGUCUGACCACCACCAGCAGAGUUUGGAAGAUGGUGCCCCCAGACCACGGCCAGAUUCCAGAGCCCUGAGAUACAUGAAGAGGCUGUAUAAAUUGUUUGCUACUAAAGAGGGAAUUCCAAAGGCCAACAAAGGUCACCUGUAUAACACAGUCCGGCUCUUCACUCCACGUGCUGAAUGCAAGCACCCUGCUAUGGGCCAAAUGAGAGGAGACCUUCGCUCAGUGGAUCUGCUCUUCAACUUGGACCGUAUGACUGCUUUAGAGCACUUACUCAAGUCAGUCUUGCUCUACUCAUUUGAUAAACCAGUUUCUAAAUCUUUGGUUGUUACAUGUAUAUGCAACCUAGUUGUAAAGGAGCAUGAUGCCUCUAGUCAAGUGUGCCCCAAUAUUUCACAUGCAAUGACUUUCAAUCUGCACUUUGAACUUAGACGCAAAUGGGUUGAGAUUGAUGUGACCUCUUUCCUCCAGCCUCUGAUAGCUGCUAACAAGAGAAGCAUUCACAUGGCUGUGAAUAUCACUUGCCUGAAAGAUGACCAAUCCCCCAACUCUAAACAGGAUCCUUUUAAUAUGGCUCUGGUAUCGCCUUCUCUUCUCCUGUACCUCAAUGACACCAGUGAGCAAGCCUAUCAUAGGUGGAAUUUUCUUAAGCACAGGAGGAGGAACCCUAUGUGGUCUAGGGUCAAAAAAGAUCCUUUCAGAGGUCCCAGCAGAGAGGCAGGAAAAGGCUUCAAACAGGGAACAAGAGCAGUUCGUCACCGAAGAGAUGAAGCUGGGAAAGUGGAAAACACACCAGCUUUAAUAUACAAUAUAAGCCAAUACUACCAACAGUUCCUUUUCCCCCCAAAUGAAUGUGAGCUUCAUAACUUCAGGCUGAGGUUCAGCCAAUUGAAAUGGGACAGAUGGAUAAUUGCACCGCACAGAUACAAUCCUCACUAUUGCAAAGGUGACUGUCCAAGAAUAGUUGGGCAUCGCUAUGGCUCUCCUGUACACACAAUGGUACAGAAUAUUAUAUAUGAAAAACUGGAUUCCUCUGUCCCCAGGCCCUCCUGCAUUCCUGCUGAAUACAGCCCUCUGAGUGUCUUGAAGAUAGAGCCUGAUAGGUCAAUUGUGUACAAAGAAUACGAAGAUAUGAUAGCUACAAAAUGCACUUGUCGGUGAAACCAAUCCUGAUUUAUUAAUUAUAUUUCAAUAUUAUUUCUAAGUGUUACAAGAAAAGUAGCCUAUAGGUUUAAAAAGAAGACUUAGCAUGGAGUACUGUGGCAGGUAUUUUCAGGAUAGCAUUUAAUUAUGUUAGCCCCUUCUGAUUUACAGGAGACGAAGUGUGAAGUUGGGCAUAAGAAGGAGGCUUCCUUGUUCUUUUUUCUUUCUUUCUUCAAAACAGAAAAAAAUCCAUGAAUUGUGAAAUGUUUUGAUUUGGGGUGGGGGUAAAGCACUGUUUUGCUAGAUUAAAAAGUAUAUAACAGGAAUAAAUACCUGUCCUUUCAUGCAAUUUUUGUGUAGUUCUUGUUUAGUCCUUAUGUUAAAAUACAUAUAUUUUUUUAUUUAGGAGAAAUUUUAUGACAAGUGUCUGGGCACAGAAGGUUUUACUAUUGCUUAACUGCUCAAUCACUUAAUUUUUAUAAAUACUUUUAGUGAUUGAAACUGGUUGUCUGAGACAACUCCUGUUCUUUAUUAUGAUGACUACCAGAUGUAAAGGUUCUUUUAAAGCAGUGGAUAACCUUUUGUCUAAUUCUGAAGGCUCUCAUAUUACAAAAGAAUGUAAUAAUAGAAAAUGUCCUGGUUGUAUGUCUAGAGCUAUACAUUUCUGGGAAGCAAGUGAAUUACUAAGUUGGCUUUGCACACUACAAAAUUCUGUGUAAAGGCACAUCUGUAAUCUGCAUGCAUAUCACUGCAUCAAAUCAUACAUAUAGGGUGGUAUCCAGCUAAGUCAUACUCAGAGGAGAUCCAUUAAAAUCAAGUGAAUUUAAGUUGCUUGUCCACUGAUUCCAGAUGGUCUACCUGAGUAUGACUAAUGUUGGAUAUCAUCCAUGGUGCACUUGCACUUUAAGAAGACAGUAAACUGCAGCUUUGUACAUGCAACACAGGCAUGACUUCAUGCAAGUUUCAUGCUAAGUUCUACACAGAAGUGCCUUCACAACAGAUUUGUGUGGGAAGUGGCCCUAUAUUUCAGUCAAUUGAAUUGGGAAGGGGAAUCUGUUGUCCAUGAGCCUAUAUUGGAUUGAAUUGAUGAGCUCUAUUAAAUUUGGCAUUCAGCAAUUUUUAAAUGCUUGCUGUCUUCUAUUCUGGUUGGCUAAUGAACAGGAAACAAAAUUCACCUAAAUACAAAUUAAAAUAUAAAAUUACAUUCUAUUGUAAUAGUUAAGCAUUCUAGUGUAAUAUUUGUAAAUUGAAAGUAGGUGGGUUCUAUAGUGAUCAGCUAGCUUAAAGCAUUUUAAUAUUGCCUUUCUUCUGUUGCUGAACUGAAAUGCCAUCUGAGUGUAUUCAUAAACCUGAACACUUGCUAGAAAUAAAUGUAAAGCAGUUACA